AUGGAUAAAUCUGGAUGGAUUAUAGAAAAAUCCCGCAAUUGGACCAGCGGAAAUUCUUAUGUAGAUGAAUUUAUUAAAUACACUCAAUUAACUGUCAAUAAGAAUAUAGGCUAUCUCGAAUGGAUUGAUUUUAACAAACUUUAUUUAGUAAAAAAUACUAAUAAACGAGGUGCUUUCGGCUCAAUAUAUACUGCCAUAUGGAUGAAAGGUCCAUGGUGGAGUUCGAAGCUUCCGAUUAGUGUUACAUUGGAACGUUUAGAUAAUUUUCAUAAUAUUACUCAAGAACAUAUAUAUCAUAUGGGAAAUGGAGAAGAAAGAAUAAUGUUGUAUUCAAAGAAUACAAAAGAGUAG